AUGGAAGAGAAAAUGUGCAGCAUGCUGGAAAUCAUUGAUGAUGAUGGAGAUUCAUUUGCAAAAAGGGCAGAAAUAUAUUUCCAGAAAAGACCUGAACUCGUUAGCUUUCUUGAAGAAUGUUUCCGUGCGUACCAAGCAUUAGCCCAAAGAUAUGAUCAUUUAUCCAAAGAUCUUCAAGCUGCCAACAAAACCAUUGCCACUGUUUUCGCUGAUCAAGUUCCAUAUUCCAUCGAGGAAGAUGACGACGACGAAUCUGCUGCACCUCACAAAUCAAGUGUCGGUGCCAAAGUUCGAUUUCUGAAUAAGGAUUUCCGGAGCCAGGGACAAGUGAAGAAAUCUUGUGGCUCAAGUAAAACCAAUGCAGUUCCGUGUUCGGGGCAGAGCAAAGACCAGGCACUCGGCGAAAUCGAUGAACUGCAGAAGGAAAUUUUGGAGAUGCAGACUGAAAGGGCAUUCUUUUAUAAGAAAUUCCGCGAGGUUGAUAAUCAGAUAAAUGAAAAGCAGAGGAAAGUAUGCAAUUUACAGGUUGACUUUGGGGACGGGCUGGUUACCGAUGAUAACGAAACUCAGACACUAAUGGAAACUAGAGACCUUGAAGUAUGUCAAGAAUCUGAAAGGAUUAGGCAUUUAAAUCGGAAGUUUGAGGCUAUGAGGAACAAAAUUGGUUCCUCUCAAAGAAAUCUACAGAGAAAGGAUGUUCAAACAAAGAUUGUUGAUAACAAGGCUGAAGAAAAAGAGAAACGUGAUUCAGAAGUGUCGAAGAACAUUAUCGAAGAGAAGCUCCAUGUAAACUCGAAUGCUUCGCAUAAGAUGCCACUGCUUGUAGAGAAGAUGGAUGAACUUUUACAAAGAAUUGUUAGCUGGGAAUCCGCAUUCUUAUCUGAAAAAGCUGCAGAGAAGAGAUCGAAAUCUGCUGAGGAACACGGUAUGAGCCUCGGAGAAGACAAGGAAUCCAAGAUCGAAGGCCCGGGAUUCAUGAACAGCAGGAUGAACAUGAUGGAAGGUGAAUUGAGUAGAGUUAAAGAUCUAGUAACAACUGCUGUAGAUGAAAUCGACAUCCUCAGAACGUGUUCCGUUGAAUCAAGUCAUUGUGUUGAUAAUUUAUCUGCAAACGCUCAAGCAGACAACAAAUCCGAGAGAUCAUCAUUAAGAAACAAGGACGUUUCAGCACAAGGGAAAAGCAUUGUUGCUUGCAAAACAAGCAACGAAUUCAAUAAUUAUUCGAGUAAGGAUGUGGCUUCAAUGGAAGUAGAGAAAGCAAAGAAUAAAUAUUUGUCUGAUACAACAAGCAGUAUAGCCGAUACGGAGAUUGAGGAACUGGAGAUCGAUGACCAAGAACAGCAACCGAACUGGAGGCAGCUGUACUUGGAUGGACUAGAUGACAACCGAGAAAAGAUCAAAAUAGACGGGUACUCUUUGGUUAUCGAUAAUUAUAAGGAGGUAUCAAAGAUGCUUAAUGAAGUUGAUAAGAGAAACCGAGAUGGGUUCUCUGAAUUGGCAAUGCAGAUAAGGGAACUGAAGACUGCAUUGGCUGCAAGAGAUGGAGAGAUUCAAACUUUACACCGAAAAAUCGGGUUUUUUGAUGAAAACAAGUAUGGGAACUCAGUAGACGAAGUAGUAGUACACCAUGGAAGUCCGAGCGAGGAAUCAACUUUAACCAAUUCUGUUCAGGGAUCACCUUCAGCUGCAGGCCAGGGGAAAGUUGGAUCCAGUGGAAAAGAAGUUGAGCUUGAAACAACAACACAUAAACUGGAAGGAAACAACAAGCCUGCACACCGAUGGUCCCGUGUUUCGGCCUUAGAAAAGAAGAUUCGAUCAGAUAUCGAUGAAUUGCUCGAAGAAAAUCUAGAGUUUUGGUUGAGAUUCAGUGCAGCUUUGAAUAAGAUAAAGAAAUAUCAAGUUUCGGUCAAGGACUUGAAAUCCGAAUUACCGAGAUUGAGAGAAAGAAGCAACAAGCAAGAAGGAACGACUGAACAUCUGAAAUCGGAAAUGCGGCCUGUUUACUGUCAGUUCAGAGAAAUAAGAUCCGAGUUAACAUUAUUGUUGGAGAACAAUGGAAUGAUGAAAGACGAUAUCGAAGGUCGAUACUCGUCGUUAUGCAACAUCGAAAACGAGAUAGCAACUCUUGUAAGCGAUGGCGAGCUGAGUGGAUAUCAAGCAGGGAAGUUCCAAGGCGAAGUUGUGAACAUGAAAAAAGAGAUCAACAAGGUCUGUAAUGAAUUGAAUGCAGGGUCUGAAAAAGCCAGACAACUUAAGCAUGAAGUUGAGAAAUUGAUGAACAACUUGGAGAAGGAACUUGGGUCUUUAAUAUCGUCACAAUCAGUUAAGUCUAGAAGGACGGGGUCUAAAAUUCCUCUUGGAUCUUUCUUGUUUGGAAUCAAGUCCUCCAAGCAGUUUAGAGGGACAUCAAGCAGUUGA